UUCGUAUGGCCAUAACGACGAAUGGUUUUUUUGUAUUCCUUCAGAGCGAUGAAUGGUUUUUUUUGUAUUCCUUCAGAGCGAUAGAACAAUUAGGCGGCUUAGAACUGGAGACGGACUAUCCAUACGAAGGCGAAGACGACAAGUGCGUGUUCAACAAGAGCAUAGCCAGAGUGCAGAUCAGCGGCGCAGUUAACAUAACCUCAAACGAAACUGACAUGGCGAAAUGGCUCGUGAACCACGGACCCAUAUCGAUCGGCAUCAACGCGAACGCCAUGCAGUUCUACAUGGGAGGGAUAUCCCAUCCUUGGAAGAUGCUGUGUAAUCCCACGAAUUUGGACCAUGGCGUUUUAAUCGUUGGAUACGGAGCUAAAGACUACCCUCUGUUCCACAAGCACCUUCCGUAUUGGACGAUAAAGAAUUCGUGGGGGAAGUCGUGGGGGGAACAGGGAUACUAUCGGGUGUACCGCGGCGACGGAACCUGCGGCGUCAAUAAGAUGGCCAGCAGUUCUGUCGUGUAGUGCCUUCGUACCUAACUAAAUACUGCAAUGUGUACUAUAAAAAAGGAUCGCAUAACCCUUUAUUUAUCUUUAUCGGGUUUAUACGUAUUAUGGCUUCUCCUUAAUAAAACGAAUAUAAUGCAUUACUCAAUUGACUACUUAUUAUUAAUAUUAAUUUUGAAAAUGUUUAUUAAUAUAUAAACGAAAAUAAAAUUAAAAGGUGUUUUUCAAAAAUUUUAUAAAAUUACUAGUAAGGGUAAAAAAAGUUAGAAACAAAGCAGUAUAUGCUAGAACGAUGACGUCAUUGUUCAUGUGUUAAAAUACGUUUGGCAGGGGAAGCUAAUUUGCACAGUUGCAUACAUUAUAUUUCUUUAUGAUUAUAAAAUAUAACAUUAUUUCUAAGCUGAAAAUGGAAAUUUUGCUGCCUUAUUGUGAAUAAAUAAUUAAGUAAGGAUUAACUAUGAAAUUAUAUAUAUAAUAUAAGAUCUGAUUAUUUAGAAAAUUAAAAUUAAUUAGUUUUUGCUUAGGUAAAAAUUCAUUUUAUGUUACUAAACAUUGUGAAUUGACAAACAAUUACAACACUAAAUUUUAUAUACCAUUUAAAUAAGUAUUUCGCUACUAAAUUUUUAAAGCAAUAUUUCUAGUUAUGCCAAAAAUAUCCUAGUUGAAUUUCGUUUACGUACUAAAUAAAAAUGAGUUUUGAACUGGAACAAGUAACCCUAAUGAGGAAUAUUGAGAAAGUGCCUUAUUAAAUUCCGUUUAAAUGUUUUGUCUAUAACAAAGAAACAAUCGUCGUCAUGAAAACCAAAGGGUCGGAUAUCCAAGUUUGUAAAAACUUUUUUCUAGUCUAAAAAAUAAGAAUACCGUAAUCGAUACAUAUACCUUCCGCAUAGGUAAUAAAAAAAACAUCUUAUCUGCAAAGUAUAACAAUAACUAUCUUGAGUGACUUGAAAGACAGAGAGAGGGUAAGUAUACUUCAAACACCAUUUUCAUUAAGCUAAAAGGCAAGUUGAUUUGUACCACAUGGAGUCUAAAAGCGAUGUCUUCCAUUAAAAAAAUAAUUUAAUGGCAAAAGGUCUGUGUUCUGUGCUAUAUCAAAUUAGAUAUGGUAUUAGGAUUCAAACAGAUCAUUCUCGAAGAUAGUAACUGUAUUACACGACGUCUUUGGUUUCGAUUUUCAAUAAAUAAAUAAAUGAAAUUUUUAUUUAAACAUAAAUCGUUAUUUUCGAUCUUUUAUUGUGCAUUAACUGUGACUUCGAUUUCAUAGAUUUUAAGAUUGAUCUAUUUGGGAAGAAACGUCAGCACUAUUUAAAAAAAAAAACUAUUGCUACAAGCCACGGUACUUGUUUUUGUAACAAGUUCCUAUGACGUGAAUCCUUAAUCAAAGGUAGAAGAAGUAGCUACAGUUAUUCACUUACAUUCCUCCCUUAUUCCCUCAAUUGUAGACCCCGUUCGGUCGUAAUGCAAAAAAACGUAUACAAUAAAUUUUGUAAUAUGAUUUUGUACCGAUCUCGUGUUGGUAAUCCUGAAGUUUAGGAAAAAACGACGAGUAAGGUUUAGGAUGUUUCUGCGGACACAUUAUGCGGUCUUCCAGACAUCGAUUAGAGAAGCUCAUAAUUGCAGGUCGCAUAGAAGGCAAACGCGCCAUGGACAGAACACCAGCCAGAUGGUCAGAUCUAGUAAGGGAAGCACUAAGUCAGCUUUUUCCAAAGUGGGCGAUAACGCCCCCUUGUGGGCGCUGCAGGCCUAAAGGGGGGCGUUGUGUAGAGGCUUGGGAGGCGAUUUGUAAUUUCACCUAGGAGGACUCCGACACCUUACUUAAACACCGACUGAGCUCUCGCUAUAGUGGUUUAUAAGUAAAAAAUAAUUUAUUUUCAAAGUGGGCAGUAGACAAAAUAAGUUUGGGAGCCCCUGCCUGCACUAAGUGGUAGUCUGUACCUUGCGGUCCGCGCCACCCAUGACCGAACACUGUGGAGGAACGUCACAUGUGGUCGCGAUCCUCAGCAGUAGGGGAACGAUACCUAUAGAAGAAGAAAGAAAAGGUUUAGGACCUAAACCUUACUCGUCGUUUUGGGGUCAUGGAUUCGAGUUAUAAGUUGCGAAAAUUGGAUAUCUUCUCACUUUUUGAAAUGAAUUCGAUUGUGUAGUGUAUAAGACGUAUUUAAAAAAAAUGACAUUUAAAACUUUGUAUGUAAAUCAUGUAAAUAAUCUUUGUUCGUUUAUUAUAUAUGCUUAAUAACCAGAUAACUCCUUUACGUCGUGUACAAUCUGUACUAAUUUUAAAGAAAUGUUUAUGAAUCUAUGUUUAUUUUAAACGUUUUUAAUUUUGUUAUGAAAUAAAUAAA